AUGGCGUCGCGAGCAAACGAUGGGCCUUCCCGGCCCGACGUGGGCGACGUCUUGAUGGUGAUCCACGACUUUAUUGCCCGCAGCUCGGAUGAGCUGAGCCUCAAGAAGGGAGACCGGGUCGAGUUACUAGAACGAGACGACGAGUUUGGUGAUGGAUGGUUCCUGGGUCGGCACGUCGCGAACAAUAAUACUGGCCUCUUCCCUGAAGUCUAUACCCGACCGAACCCAAGAGCCGUUUCGAACCCAACCUCGACUCCUGCCUUCGUUGCUUCGCAACCGCUGUCACCCUUGGUGGAGGUUACACAAGAAGCAUCCCUCCAAGGCACCGCGAGUAAUCUUGCUUCGGCCAGUACAUCUACCGUACCUCUGUCUUCAAGCGCGAUGCCAUCUGCUUUGCCAUCGCAUCUGGUCAAAGCUGAAUCAGCUCCUGUGUCUGGUCUGGGUGGCACAGGAUCGCCUGUUUCCGGCCUUGACAGCACGGGACAGGACGAGUUUCUAAAUGAGACUUUGAACGUUAUCAACGAGCACAUUACUCAUUUGCAGUCACCGCCUGGCACCAGUCAUGGCAACGCUGCCGCCACAGACUCCGGCAGCGAGUACAGCGUUGCGAUUGACCACCGAAUGUCGUAUAUCCAAGGAGAAGAGACGGACGAAGAAGAAGAGGCAGUACAUAGUCGCGCCGAGGUGGAGGCCUGGUCCCCAGACGACGUGGCCGAAUAUCUCUUUACUGAGGGCGUGGAGAAGCACCACUGCGAAGUUUUUAGGGACCAGGAAAUUUCCGGCGAAGUGUUAUUAAGCAUGGAUCAGAGCUCCCUGUUCAUCAAGGAUUUCGACCUAGGCUCCGUCGGCCGCCGCCUUAAAACGUGGCAGAAGAUUAAGGCUCUCCAAGAUGAGGCUAGGCGCCUGUCCCUGGCUCAGUCAUCUAACAAGGCCUCUCCAGCCGCUCAUAUGACCCCAACAAAUGGCACUCAGGAGAGCCCAUCACGUACACACCUCAAGCGGCCGUCGGCAGCUUCCAUUCGGGACCUCAACCACUCACGACGACACUCAUCGACCGAAUUCCGCCUUCCAGGCUCCAAUGCGACGGUGCCCAAGGUAUCGGCAAACGCGAAUCUCUCUGCCGGUGGUGAUGGCGUGCAUAAGAAACAGCCUUCCUUUGAUCGAAACUGGACCUUGGGCGGCGCUGUCUCGCAGACUUCUCAAAGACCGCUCUCCUCCACGGGACUACAAGAAAUGCUAGGCGUAUCCGAACAAGAUUUGCAGGACUCAGCCGUCGAGCUGGACCGAGGCUACUUUUCCGGCACUGAGGUAGAUGGACGGAAGCGCAAUGUCUUGCGGAAACGUGAUAGCGCUAACUACGGGACUCAGCAGAGCUACGCGGACGAGCAGAGAGUACGUAGCGCAACCGCCCUCUCCCGACACUCCAGAUACGGUAGCGUCGAUUCUUUCCGGGAUGGAGCGCCGUCUGCCGCUCAGAAAUACUAUGGCAUCCAACCGACUCCCCACAAACGAAAUGCCUCCACGAAUACGACCGAUUCUGUUCGCCCACCGCCCCCAGCCAAGGAUGGACCUGCUCCCGCCGUCACCAAGCUGGAUACUGUAGUCAGCCCUACCCAGACGGAAUCAUCGCCCAUUGUCGGCAGGGCCCAGGGCCUCAGUGCCGACUGGCUCUCAUCAGUGACCAAACCAGUCGGCAAAGCCACUCGACCAGCAAUGCGAGCCAUUUCGGAUAAGCUCACAUUUGAGAGAUCCAAGGGUGGUGGAUCAGCUGAUCUAUCGACUAAUGAGCCGCCCUUGCCUUCCCCCGUACGAACAGGAUCCAGCACUGCUUCAGCAGGACAAAGCCUCGAUCUCGACUCUCAUGAAGGCCUCAAGAGUCCCGUCACAGCAACGGCUCCGAGCAACAAGAAGGGCGGAAAGAAGGGCAAGAAGGAAACAAGCGCCUACACUCAGGGCCUACUGAAAAUAUCGCCGCAAGUGGCCAUGAAGGACGCCGAUUACUACGGCUGGAUGAAGAAGAAGAGCUCCAACCUGAUGACAACAUGGAAGCCUCGAUUCUUUGUUCUCAAGGGACGCCGACUUGCUUAUUACUACUCUGAAGACGACGACCAAGAAAAGGGCCUUAUUGACAUCUCAUUCCACCGUGUACUGCCGGCCGAUAACGAGAGGCUGACCGGACUACAUGCUACAUUAACUGGUGCAGGCGGCGGGCCAAGCAUGCCAGGCAGUCACAGCAGUCCCGCAGGCGAUGAUGGUGCAGGUGUGGACAAGGGUGACGAUACCAUGUUCAUCUUCAAACUAGUCCCACCGCGAGCGGGCCUAUCCAAGGGCGUCAGCUUCACCAAGCCGACGGUUCACUACUUUGCUGUGCCAAACCUCAAGCAGGGCCGUCUUUGGAUGGCUGCCUUGAUGAAGUCAACGAUCGAGCGGGAUGACACCCAACCAAUCACCACGACGUAUCAGCAAAAGACAAUAUCCCUUGCCAAGGCGAAACAGAUGCGCCAUCGCCCUCCGGGCUUUGAAGAUAGCCAGAUGGCGGCACAAGACGGUGAAGCGGAUAGCGCAGACAAGCUGGCAGCUCUCAAGAUUGAUGGCGCUCGCUUAGACGUCAAUUUUGGCGACAAGGACAGUACCUUCUCCCCAUUGAGUGCAUAG